AUGACUAUUUUUUUGAAACUGAUCGUGUUCGCUCAUGUCCUGUUAUGGAUCCAUAUAGUGGAGUGCACAUCGUACUAUGUGAUGAAAUCCGGUAAAGAUACUAAUGCGGGAACAAGUCCAUCGACUGCUUGGCUCACGAUACAAAAGGCAGCCAAUUCAGCUACAGCCGGUUCAACUGUCUACACUGGCCCUGGAGUUUAUUAUGAAACAGUUACAAUUAAUGUACAAGGUAACGCUAACAAUGGAUUUAUCACAUUUACCAGUUAUAUGCUGAACAAUCAAUCUGUUAUUUCUGGUAAACAAGCCAAAACACAGUCGGCUGACGGUGCAUUCAAUUUAAUCUACAUACAAGACAAAAGUUAUCUGCGUAUCAUGAAUCUUGAAUUAAAAGAUUUGAAUUCUAGUGAUUGUAGCGGUGUAAGAGUUGUCGGUGCAGGAACAAAUGUUGAGCUUCGCAAUCUACUCAUCCAUGAUAUUCGUGGCGGUGGAAUGUCAGGCGGUGCUGUUGCGAUAUCUGUCUACAAUAAAAAUAAGGCCAAUAGUCGUCGGCAAUUGAUUAUUGACAAUUGUACAUUGCACGAUUGUGAGCCAGCCUGGAGCGAAGCUUUGACAUUGAGCGGCAAUAUUGAACAAUUUCAAGUGACUAAUAAUCGAAUAUACAACAUGAACAACAUUGGAAUCGAUCUUGCCGGUGGCUGGAGUUGGGUGAAUGGUUUAAGUGUGCACUCAGGACUUUGCGCUAACAAUACUGUAUGGAAUAUUCAUUCACCUGUGGAUUCGAGCGCAGCAGGCAUCUAUGUCGAUGGCGGAUCAAAUAUCACAUUACAAUUCAAUGAAGUCUAUAAUUCUGAUGCUGGAUUAGAAGUAGGUUCAGAAAACAAGGGUCAUAUAGCUGCACAAAUGAUUGUUAGACAAAAUUAUCUUCAUAAUAAUACUUAUUGGGGACUCGGUUUCGGUGGAUACGACGUUAAUCGUGGUCGUGUCAUCAAUAGUUUAUUUGAAAAUAAUCGCUUGGAGUAUAACGAUGUUGCGCGUUCAGGUAGUGGGGAAAUUGUUGUUGCAUUUGGUUCUGGUAAUACGGUACUCCGUAAUAUUGUCAAGCCAAAUGAACAGAAUUUAGUUCUUACCGAAAGCAAGGGUGCAGGCUUGAAAGAUACAUUUGACUAUCAGAUGUAUUAUCCGUACGGGCAAGGUGCAACACAAAGCGACCUCAUUUUUUAUUGGGAAAAUAAAGAAUAUGAUGGAUUGAGUAUAUUUCAGAGCAAGACUAAACAAGAAAUGCAUGCAAAAGUCUACACCAGUUAG